GAGUGGGGGUGGGAGGGCGAGGGGUCCGGCCGGUGCAGGGGAGGGGGGCGCCCCCGGGGAGGGGCACGCUAUGUCUUUAAGAGCUGCCUGAGCGCAGGUUGCAGCUGCCUGGCCAGCCCGAGAGACAGCGGAGAUUCAUUACCCGCCGACACAAUGACCAUUGAUGGCCCCGUGGCGUUAUUCAAAUCCAGUACCAAUUGCAGCCGAGCCCCUUUCUCCGCGCCAGGCCCGUAUUGUUGGAGCGGCCCACUAAAAGCCCGCCCCGGCCCCGAGCCGCCAGAGGCGCCCGCUCGGGUUCAGCCCUGCGCCUCGCCAGCCCGCCGGCUCCCAGCCCGGCUCCCCGGGCGCUGCAGGUGACCCGGCGGCGCAUUCCAGCGCUCCCCGCCGCCCGGGCCACCGCCGCCACCGCUACCGCCGGCGCCCCGGCCGCGACUCAGCCACAGGGAAGCGGAGAGCGCCCGAGCCGGGACCCCGGGCCAAGAUCGAAGGAGACACACGCCAGGGGCGAUGGGGAUCCCCACGCAGGGUCGGGAUCCGCGUGCUUGCUCGGCCACCUUACCGCGGGAUGGGCCGCUGCCGCUGAGCGUCUGCGAGGUAGUGGGAGGCGCAGCUCCGGAGAUCUCCUGGUCCGGCGCUUUUAAGAAGCCAAGCGGAACCCCGCACGCAGGAGACUGGGGCCCCGAACUCGGGGGCUUCGCCACUGAUUGUCCAAACGCAAUUCUUGUACGAGUCUGCGGCCAACCGAGAAUUGUGGCUGGACAUCUGUGGCUGAGCUCCGGGCGCGACAGGGGCGGGAGCCGCAGGGACAGAGCUCGGCGCGGGCGAGACCCCUCGGGGAGGCGGCUGGCUGGCCCCAGCGCGAGGAUCGCGGCCCCGGCCGGGCGCGCAAAGGAGGGACGCCGGUCCCUGCCACCAGCGCCGCCAUCCUCAUCCUCGUCGUCGUCGUCCUUCUCCUCCUCCUCUGCGGGUGACCAGUCGUGGAUGGCGGGGGCCUCCAGUCGAUCGCGUCGUUUUCCCCUGUUUCAAAUUUCGGCCGGGAACGAAGCUGGCACGCCGCGGCGGAGCACGAAUGUGGUCCGGGUAGCCCGCCCUCGGCCCGAGCCGCAGCAAGUCGGGGGCGAAAGAAGAUGCCGGCGGAACGCGCUCGCUAAUUCGUUUUGAAUUGGUUUUAACCUAGCCCCCACCAAUACACCCCAGACAAAAAAAGCCUAAACCGACCCCUAAAUCCCAAAUAAACCGACCCCUCCCGCCAGCCCCUCCAGACGGACCGAUGGGCUGAGCCUCCUUUAGCCGCUGCAGGAGUCAGGAGUCGGAGAAGCGUCGGGAAUGAUGCGCUCCAGCCGGGCAAUCGCCUCGGCUUUGGAAACAGAACUUGGACAAACGAAUCCUUUUCAUUAAAGACAAAUCUUCGGAGAUA